UCAAAUGGAAGAAGUCGAGAAGUCUAAAGAAACAAGCAGCGUUAGCCAGCAAAACAAUCAGAAUGAAAUAGUCAAUGAUCCACUCUUGACUGAAUUUGAAACUUAUAGUGGUUAUGGCGAAGAAUCAGACAGUGGCUCAAUACACAACAAUCUUCAAGUAGACAACACAGAAACAGUAGACUAUCCUUUUGUAGGUACGCUGAGUUUGACUAUUUACCAAGUGAGCACAUACAGUAUACACACAAUUUAAGACCCAACCAGGAAGAGUUGCAAAAAAAUGCAACACUAGGUCCUCUGGCAGGAAUUGAACCUACAAUUCCGGCGCACCGCUCUAACCAACUGAUGGGCGGGCCACCGUUCUGUAGAGGCCAGUAGUUGAGCUCUAACCACAAAUUCAUGUAUAUGUCGAUUUUCGGGUGUCCUGUUAAAUACAAACAGAACUUUGUGGGAGAGUGUUCUCCUUCGAAAACUCAAUCUUCUGCAGAAAAGGAUAAAAGACUAAAGUGCUUGUAUUGAUCCCCACCUCGGAUGAUAGAGGGUGUGCCCAAUUAGGUAAAUCAGAAUCUUUAUGUACUAUCUGCAACAUGAGCGGACUUGUUGUAUCGGUGAAUGAACUUAAAGUUUAUGUAUAAAUCAGCAUGAUUCUGUAUCAGAUAUACAAAUUCCUUCACGGUCAUGAUUUCUUCAUGAAUUAUCAACACAAAUUUUUUCACAGGUUCAAGCCAGAAUAAUGAAGAACCAACCACAACAGAUUUGGAGAAAGAAGAUGAUAUGCCUAUGGAUGCUGCUGGUGAAAAGGACGCCACCGGUGAGGUGGACGCCACCGGUGAGAUGGACGCUACCGGUGAGAUGGACGCUACCGGUGAGAUGGACGCCACCGGUGAGAUGGACGCCAUCGGUGAAAAGGACGCUGCCGGUGAAAAGGACGCCACCAGUGAAACAGAUGCCCUCGGUGAAACAGAAGCCACACAUGACCAGGAACCACCCCCAGAUUCCCCGCCUCAUCUGCAGACUCCGAGUUCUAAUGCAUCAAACUCCCCGCCUGACGAAACGGCUACGAGCAGCAGCGCGGAACGCGACAGCGCGCUUCGGGUACUCAGAAGCAAGUCUGACAGCACAUCACAAUCAGCUAGUUCUACGAAGUCCCCCAGGGAAAACCAUCGUUUGAAAAGUGCGGCAAGAAGCCUCAGAAUCGACGCCAAGACAAAUCGGUCCAUUUUGUCGUUAAGAAAAUCCCGCCAAGGCCCACUUGGAGUCAACAACGUUACCAAGAAGUCACCGAAAACACAAAACGAAAAAAUCUUCCAAAAGGGUACGCCACCAAGAAUGAGUCUCGGCAAGAAAGUCUUAAUUCGAAACGCAGCUAAAAGCAAAGGAACCCCAAGUCCUCAGAGACAAACCACACCAAAACAUUCGGGAAAAGCUGUGAUAUCUUCUAAAGUUAAAAAAUCUACAGCUAAACAUUCGCCACAGCGGAACAAGCAGUCGCUCACCAAAGUACAAAAGAAAAGUCCUGUUAAUGUUAAAAGUACGAAUAGCAUUAAAAAAAACACUAAAGUCGUAGCGAAAUCGUCGCCGAAGAAAGCCAGUCCAUCGAAGGGGCGAAAUGAUAGUUCGGGAAGCUCUUCCAGGAUUAACCAAUCAAAAGCUGUAUCCAACGCGAAUGCAAACAAAGGUACAGCCAAUCAGAAGAGAUCCGAAGGAACAACAGCCAAUAAGCGUCACUCGAGCGAAAACACGGUGAAGCAGAGUGCGUCGAAAGGAAGCAAGGAUGCUACAUCUACAGUGUCUCCAUCUUCAGACAAACCGAUGGACAAAUACAUUGACUUGGACUUUCUUUUAAACGCUAACCAACUCAUGAGCGAGCUGGUCGCCGACUCGAGCCGAGAGGAGGGGACAUUAGACACUGCCUCUGAGGCGGAAAGACGAUAUAUUGUCGAUUUGGCAAAGUUGUAUCGGCUCCGUGUGCGCAUGGGGGGAAAUAAAGGAGAGCUCCCUGUGGCGUUGAUCAAAGGUCGUGAAUCUUCCCUACCCCACCCGGGGCAAGUUGAUAGUCUGUUGCACAAAAUGACCCGUGCUAUGGUUAUCAAAACGCAAAUAGCAAAGUCGAAGGAGCAGUCUGCAAAGAAGCGUAAGCUUAGCAGUAGCAGGCGAAGUAUGGCUAGCCCCACUAAGAAGAGAAGAGUUUAAGAUGUUUGUAUAUGGACUUGUUCAUAAAUUAAAAAGAACGCAUACAUACCUUUUACAGAUUUGGAUGUUUCAGACUGCGUAAGUUCAAGCUGGAAGCAAGCGAAGAAAAGCCACUUUAAACUGUCCAUCGACUAGAUUACAAACUGAUGAUAAACACCGAACCUCGAUGUAAAGCGGGUGUGUAUUCUCGCAAACCAGGAUCUUAUGGUCGAUUUACCCUGCACACAUUUUGCCUAAAACUGUCGUAUUCAACCUGCUUACAACUUGAGUUGUACUGUGUAAAUCAAACACUCAUUAAUAGUUCAUAAGCUUAUUGGCAAAUCAUGUCAACUAUAAUAUAUGUCACGUGCAGUGGCUUUUAACCUGAUAAAACACUCCUAAUUAGUAUUCUUUAUAUAAAGAAUACUAAUAAGGCAGUAUCUAUUGUAGUCGUGUCCUCAUUAGUAUUCUUUAUAUAAAGAAUACUAAUAAGGCAGUAUAUCUAUUGAAUUUGUAGUCGUGUUUGAAGCCGUUUAAUAAACUCGCAGGUCCUGUUUUAUUAGGUCUAAAGCCACUCGCGCUGCGCGCUCGUGGCAGUUUAAACCUAAUAAAAAACACUCCUGCUCGUUUAUUAAACAGUACAUCAAGCACACAAUUCUCCUAUGUUGUCGUAGAGGAGUUGUGUGCUUGAUCUACACAGUACCAGUGAGCUCCAUAUAUAUCUGGAGCAGGAACUUGGUUGCUCAAAGUGAAGCCAGUUUCGUGUUAACCGCGCAUACAAAAACAAUAGAAAGGGACUGGAACUGACGUCCAAGAGCUCCUUCAAUUUCCGCCAUCUUGGCAAGGAGUGUGUUGAAAUUUCGUAUUUUGACUUCGAUUUAAAGAAUAAUAUUGUGAUUUUAUGAACUAAAAACUUGAUUAGUGAUACGGUCCAUUAGAAAAAACUGGAAUUAGCUGGGGAAAAUGGUAUAAAAACUGUUUACCGACCUUCAGAGCUAUUGGACGUCAAUGGCCGCCAUCUUGGCUUCACUUUUCUCAUUGACCGAAUGACUGAAGUUCUUACUCCAUAUAUAUAUAGAGCUCACUGCACAGUACAACUCAAGUUGUAAGCAGGUUUUGCAUGCGACAGUUUUAGGCAAAACUUGUGGAGUGUAAAUCGUCCUUGAGCAAAAGCAUUCGUAGCUUGUUGAGAAGUUAGCCUAAAACAAGAGCAUUGUUACAAUUUGUUGCUUGUUACACACUUGUUCACAAGAUUUCUAUACAGAUACGCAUUAAAGACGCUAUAUGUAGAUAAAACAUUUAGAGAGUUUUAAAACAAACAUUCGAGUUGACUAUUUAAGAUGUUCCUAUUGCAGGGUGUUUUUUCAGAGUGUUUGACAUUUUUUGCUGUAAUAUAGGGUAGUGAAAACCAUCUAGGGUUUUGUAUUUUAACGCUUGUUUAUUGCAUUUUGCUUUUAUAUAAUGUAAGUAGUUGUUAUAAAGAAAUAAAG